AUGGAGGCGGCGCGGGGCUGGAACGGGUGCGCACGGCGGGAGCCGCCGCCCUCCCCGCCCGCGGCCGCGGAGAAACCGCGCGGGGCCCCGGGCACCGGCACCGGGAGCGGCAGCAGCGGGGAAGGGUGGCGGGGAGAGCGGCCCCGCAGCGAGGAGGACAACGAGCUGAGCCUGCCCGGCCUGGCCGCCGCGUACACCUCCAUCCUGCGGGCGCUGGGCGAGGACCCGCAGCGGCAGGGGCUGCUCAAGACGCCCUGGAGGGCGGCCACGGCCAUGCAGUUCUUCACCAAGGGCUACCAGGAGACCAUCGCGGAUGUCCUGAACGACGCCAUCUUCGACGAAGACCAUGAUGAGAUGGUAAUUGUGAAGGACAUAGACAUGUUCUCAUUGUGUGAGCAUCACCUCGUUCCAUUUGUUGGAAAGGUGCACAUUGGUUAUCUCCCCAACAAACAAGUGCUCGGCCUCAGCAAGCUCGCUAGGAUCGUGGAAAUAUACAGUAGAAGAUUACAAGUCCAGGAGCGCCUUACCAAACAAAUCGCCAUCGCCAUCACAGAGGCCUUGCAGCCCGCCGGGGUCGGCGUCGUCGUGGAGGCCACGCACAUGUGCAUGGUGAUGCGCGGGGUGCAGAAAAUGAACAGUAAAACUGUGACCAGCACCAUGCUGGGCGUGUUCCGGGAGGACCCCAAGACCCGCGAGGAAUUCCUGACCCUCAUCAGGAGCUGAAACUGUGUCACCCUCUGGAUUGUCCUGUCCUGUGUCGCUGUCUGUCCUUGUCCCCACGUCCCAGCUCUAAACUCAAUGGUUGUGAAUUGUUGUCACGGUCCUUGUGCAGUGGGAGGCUCCUGGUGGCACCUGGGGAAGGUGGGAUGGGGGAAUCCUCCUGGA